AUGAAGUUCAUGAAGCUAGGUUCUAAGCCUGAUGCACUUCAAUAUGAUGGCAACUUUGUCAGGCAUAUAUCUUCUGAAUUAGCUACAGAUAUUAUCAUAGCUGUUGGUGAAGUUAAGUUUGACCUUCACAAGUUCCCUCUACUGUCCAAGAGCAAUCGCUUACAGAAGUUGGUGUCGAAAGCUAACGAAGAUAAUGCUGAUGAAAUAUACUUGAACGAUUUCCCGGGAGGGCCCAAGGCGUUUGAAAUAUGUGCGAAGUUUUGUUAUGGAAUGACUGUUACUCUAAAUGCUUACAAUGUCGUGGCUGCUCGAUGUGCGGCUGAGUGUCUUGAGAUGACAGAGGAGAUGGAUAGAGGAAACUUGAUUUUCAAAAUUGAUGUGUUUCUUACCUCGAGUAUCUUUCGUAGCUGGAAGGAUUCUAUAAUUGUUCUCCAAACUGCUAAAUCACUUUUCCCUUGGUCCGAGGAUCUAAAGAUUGUCGGAAGAUGCAUAGAUUCCAUAGCUUCGAAAACUUCUGUUGAUCCGGUGAACAUCACUUGGUCUUACACUUACAACCGGAAACUAGCACAUGUUGAUAAAAUUGUCGAGGACAAGGUAACAGCAAAGGAGAAAUUUGAGUCUGUUCCAAAGGAUUGGUGGGUUGAGGAUAUAUGUGAGCUGGACAUUGAUCUUUAUAAACGCGUAAUGAUUACUGUGAAAUCAAAGGGGAGAAUGGAUGGUGUUGUGAUCGGUGAGGCACUGAAAACGUAUGCAGUUAGAUGGUUACCUGAUUCCGUUGAUGCAUUGGUUUCCGAUGCUCAUGCCCGAAGGAACAAAUCACUGGUUGAAACAAUUGUGUGUUUAUUACCGUGUGACAACGGUGUUGGUUGCUCUUGUAGUUUCUUGUUGAAACUAUUGAAAGUGGCCUUACUUGUUGAAGCCGAUGAAUCGUCCAGACAAGAGUUGAUGAACAGCAUCAGCCUAAAAUUGCACGAAGCUUCCAUCAAAGAUAUACUGAUUCCAGCUAGGUCUCCGCAGAUUACUACUUAUGAUAUUGAUUUGGUGCAAGAUCUUUUGAACAGGUACAUGACUAAUGAAAAGAAAAGCCGUGGCGUGGAGGCUGUGGACAAGAAUGAUAAAGUAUUCGGUGAAUCUAUUUUAGGGAAUAGGUCGAUACUGAAUGUUGGCAAGUUGGUUGAUGGUUAUCUUGGAGAAAUUGCACAUGAUCCAAAUCUCAGCCUCUCUAGUUUUGUUGAUCUUUCACAGUCUAUUCCUGAGUUUGCUAGACCAAAUCAUGAUGGUCUAUACAAAGCCAUCGACAUCUACUUGAAGGAGCACCAAAGUUUGACAAAAUCUGAAAGGAAGAACAUAUGUGGACUAAUGAAUGUCAAGAAAUUAACAGCCGAAGCAUCGGCGCACGCUGCACAGAACGAACGUCUUCCCGUUCGAGUUGUUGUGCAGGUUUUAUAUUUCGAACAAGUUAGAGCUGCAGCAAGCACCCGGGCAUUUGCCAGUCCACGCUCACUUCUAAACGGAGAUGCAGACUACGAGAAAACUUUGGGAGGGAGCUGCCAUUCCCUGAUCAGACAAACAAGCCGCAUGAAGAUCAAAGACGACGAGUUUCGCAGGAGUGUGAGGUUGAGUAACAAGAGUAGCAAAAACAGCAAAAGCGGCAUGCAGUUGCUUCCGUCUCGGUCGAGGAGAAUAUUUGAUAAGAUAUGGAAUGUUGGUAAAGGACAAGGAGAGAAUAGGAGUUCAGAAACUUCAGGGGGUUCUAAUAGUCCAACUUCUGUAGUACUUGGAGAUACCAAGUCUUCAUCUUUGAGACACCAAAGACAUUCUAUCUCUUAA